AUGGUGACAACAAUUCUACUACUAUUUUCUUUUUUGAAUUUCAUCAGUUCGAUUGUUCCAGAUUGCAAAAAUGGAAAAAUCAUAUUUGAUCCUACAUCUCUCGUUCAUUUGUACCCAGAAAAUUUCUCCGCUCCUGGACCAGUGUUUCCUGCGAAUUUCAGUUGUGAAUUUCAGAUAAAUGUUCCAGAGGGUUGGUUUGCUCGGGUUGAGCUUUCACUAAUUUCUCCUAUCAACUCACAAUCUUCUGCCGUAAUUUUUGACCAAUUGGACAGAUCUGAAACAGUUUUUCUCUCAGAAUCAGACUAUUUUUACUUCAUUGCCAAUGGUGGUAGAAUCCAGUUUUCUACUGGUUCAAAUGGAACCAAAUUUGGGUUCAUAGUUUUUUGGGAUAAAUACCCAACUUUUACUUAUGCUGAAGGUCGUGUCAAUGUAUCCGAUACUCAGCCAUUCUUGACAAUGGCUGCUCAGGGGGGAUCAGUUUUAAUAAAGGCAGAGACAAUAGUGUCAGCAACUAUUAUGAGACCACAACAAGUUUACCAGUUGAAGUACACGAGAGGAUUUAUAUUUUUCGAUGGACCCGACUUUAAUAAUAAUAAUACAAGAAACCUCGGAACCGGACUCCAACUUUUGAACGGGAACACUCAAUACGUCUCGUCUGGAAAAUCGAUGACAGUUUUGAUUUUGGACGUUCCGCUUAAUGAAAUCCUAUGGCUUGUAUUCCUAGAUUAUGAGCUUACAAAAGGUAUUAAAAGUUUCCAAGGAGCAGAUUGCUACUCCGGUUUUUGUGAAAGUUUCAAAUUGGAUGCCACUAAUGGACCAGCGGCGCUUCAAGUUUACAAUAAUUACGGCGUCAAUGCGAUUAGUGGUUUGAGCGGGUCUGGGCAGUUAGAAGUGUAUAUCGGAACUGCUUCCCAGAAUAAGACGAAUUUAGUAGCCACUUAUCAAGUUUUUGUGGCGGAUCCAGAAUAUUUUUACUUCAUUGCCAAUGGCGGUAGAAUCGAAUUUUCCACCUUUUCGAAUGGAACCAAAUUUGGAUUCACUGUUUUAUGGGAUAAAUACCCAACUUAUUCUUUCGCGGAAGGUCGUGUCAAUGUAUCCGAUACUCAGCCAUUCUUGGCAGCUGCUGUAGGGGGAUCAAUUUUGAUAAACGCAGAGACAAAAGUAUCAGCAACGAUUAUGAAACCAGUGAAUGAUUAUUAUUUGAAGUACAUGAGAGGAUUUAUAUUUUUCGAUGGACCCGACUUUAAUAAUAAUAAUACAAGAAACCUCGGAACCGGACUCCAACUUUUGAACGGGAACACUCAAUACGUCUCGUCUGGAAAUUCGAUGACAGUUUUGAUUUUGGACGUUCCGCUUAAUGAAAUCCUACGGCUUGUAUUCCUAGAUUAUGAGCUUACAAAAAGUAUUAAAAGUUUCCAAGGAGCAGAUUGUUACUCCGGUUUUUGUGAAAGUUUCAAAUUGGAUGCCACCAAUGGACCAGCGGCUCUUCAAGUUUACUAUGAUCAAACUGUGAUUGGUGGUUUAAGCGGAUCCGGGCAUGUUGGUGAAAACAAUUCAAGUAUGCCUCAGCUAGUUUUCGGUUAUUUCAAGACGUUUUUGUUGACUGAUGGAAACGCUACAAUAACAUUAAAUGAAAAUGUACGUCGUGAUGAAAUGUGGAAGACAGUUGGAAGCACAGGAUUCAUAUCAUCAGAUAACUAUGGAACAUACACAUUGCAAAAUUGCCAUGUAAAAUUAAUCAGUUCCCCACAAAAUCCGACAGUUGAAUUUCGAUGGAGCAUAUCUCAAAUUGAUUUAGUUGGAGACUCAUGGCUGCAAGUUUCUGGCAACAUUCAUGGAUAUUCUCCUUGGUCGAAAUACUACAAUGCUUCCAAUCCACCAAAACUGAAUUCUUAUGAGGAAUUUUAUGGAACGGAAAUGAAUGUUUCUUACGAUAAUAGAAAUUUAUGGAGCAAAGGAUUUUUGAUGAGAUACGAAAUUGAGAAAAACUCGAAUUGCAUGUUUAUGUUCUUAAGUUUCGUACUUGUCUUUAUUGUGUACUUUGAUUGA